CAAAUGUCAAUGUCAGAGUCAAUUGAUCGUCCAUAAUUCCAAAAUCCAAACAAGUAAACGAAACUUGUAAAGCGGUUAGAAUAUAAAAUGCCUCUGGAUUACAGAAGAUUUAAUGGUCCAGAAGAUAGUGUAUCUUACAAACGAUUUACACCAGACUUUUUAAAGAAUUACGAUGAACAAUUAAGUGAACUGCUUGAAAAAAAUAAUCUGAAAGAUGAAGAAGCAUCAGAGGAAUCAGAAAGAGCGUGUAAAUUUUUUGCUAAAACAGAUACGAUAUCCCAAGCAAAAGGAUCGUCGUAUGUAGAAAUUAAAAACACAAAAGUUGUCUGUUCGGUAUUUGAUCCUAGAGAAAUACCUCAUCAGAAUGAAUUCAGUCAUCUUGGGCAAAUAUAUUGUGAAGUUAAGUUUGCUCCAUUCUCUUGCUCUUCGCAACGUCGACCACCUGCUCCAGAUGCCGAAGACAAAGCUCUGUCUGAAGCUUUAAGACAAGCUAUAGAGCCAGCAGUCUGCAGACAUUUGUUCCCUAAUUAUCAGAUCGAUGUCUUUGUUUAUAUCAUAGAGAAUGAUGGCUCAUGUCUAGCUGCUGCAAUAAAUGCUGCGAGUUUAGCACUUGUUGAUGCUGCAGUUCCCAUGUAUGAUAUGAUAACAGCAUCUUCUAUGGCAAUCGUCGAAGACAAGAUGUUUGUAGUUCCUAACGAGGAAGAAGAGGAACUGGCAAUGAAAAGUCCGGAAUCAAAAGAAAUCAAUCAUGGAGUUAUAACAUUGUCUAUGCUUUCAGAAUUAAGUCAAAUAACAAGCUUUACACAAAUAGGUUCAUUGGAGACAGCAUGUGUGAUAAAAGCAAUGGAUAUUCUUGAAAAAGAAUGCAAAGAACUUGUACCAAAUAUACAGAAAGUUGUUGUCCGUAAUGUUGUUAAGAAUGUAAAACAGCAACAGAUCUUACAAGAGAGUGUUAAAGACAUAGAAGAUAUACUUGAUGAAAAAUAUAAUUUAUGGCAAAAAUCAUUAAAAGCUAAAUCUUAUUUGUGUCUUUUUCUUGAUAAUUUUAGUAAUAAUGUAGCAUAAUGGUUAUAGAAUUUU